AUAACGCAUGCGCAUUGAGCACGCACCUUGGAGACGCACAAACAACAGUGUUGGUGCAUUUUGCAUGUUUUGGUUUUGGGAAACUAAAAAUCGCCAAAAUGCCAGCGGGAGCGUCGGUAAUGAACCGUCCUACCCAGGACCAGAUUGAAGAAAUAAAGGCAAAAAUCAAUCUGCUGGAGGGAGACAGAAAGGCUUACUAUGAAACAUCACAGUUUGCUAUGAAAAAGAAUAGGGAAUCUAUUCUGAAAUUGCGGAAAGAAAACAAGGAGCUUAGAAAGAAAUUGAGUGAUUCUCUAUCGCAAGACCAGCAUGUCAUCAACAAGGCUUUCCAGGAACAUCCUGUGGAGAGAGCCGCCAUGAAAAACAAAACUGGUCGGCAAGCAAUAACCGUGAUGGACUACAAAGUGUGUGACACGGUGAAACGACUGAACGCGCUUCGUCACCAGACGGCAACCAAACAGAAGAGACUGGAGGACCUGCAGACUCAGUACAAUCAGAUGCAGAAAGAUGCCAGUGAGGCGGUCGCUACAGACAAGGGUGAAUCCUCAGAUGCUCAGCAAAUGCGCUACCUGGAAAACAGCUAUGACAAGACCAGAUUGAAAAUUGAUGAAGCUACUCAUCUCUGCAGAAUCUAUGAAGAUAUUAAGAAAAAGUUGGAAGUGGAAGCGGAAAAAUUCCCGAGCAUCCUCGAUGCAAUGGAAGCGGAAAUCCAGGGCACGCGGACAGAGUUGAAGGAGCUGAAGGCGAUGCACGACGACGCGCAGAUCUCGAAGGAGGCCGCGCAGUCUGAACUGAGCAAGCACGAGAAGGUCGUGUACUCUGAGAGGAAGCAGCGCGAGGUCGAGCUGGCCAAGAUGAAGAAGGAGGCAGAGGAGAAGAAGAUGCAGCAUGAGAGGAUUGAGCGUAGAAUUGCCCAGAGGAGCUCCAUCCAGCAGGAUGACCUUGCCCUCCAGGACAAGGGCGGAGUGCAGGGGGAGGAGCAGCAGCAGAAGAUCACCACAUAUGAGGAGGCCUUUAAGGAAAUCAAGGAAGCAACGGGCGUCUCUGACACCAUGGAGGUGGUUCACAGGUUCGAGAACCAGAAGGAGACCACACGGCACCUGGAGGACCUCAAGAAAGACAAUGAGAAGCACAUCAUACGUCUCAAGGAGGACAAGGAGAAACUCAAUCUCGAGUUUGAGGAGAUGAAAUACACAGGCGACGCUAAACUCUCCGGUGGACAGCGCAUGCUUGAGGAAUUCCAGACCCAUCUUCAUAAGGAAGAAGACCGAAGGGACAUGGCUGAAGAGAAACUCACUAAGGCCAGCAAAAACCUUGUGGCUGUAAAGGCUGGAGUGGAGCAUCUGGCUGACAAACUCUACCAUCUCAAAGCUAACAAAGGUCACGUGCCCCAGGCUCAGAUCGCACCCUCCUCAGAUGAGUACGUGCUAGACCAGCUGUCGACAUGUGAGGAGAAACUGCUGAAACUGCUGGAGGAACUCGAUGGACAGGAUCUCAAUGCUGUCGUCAAACAGAUGGAGGAGGAAGAGUUCCAUGCCAGCCAGGAAGGAAAGUUACCACAGUACAACACGAGAGUGAAACUGCCACAACCACAGCGAGAUCUUGUCUAUGACGACGAAGAGGACAGUGGGGAUAACGAUGCUGAUGUGCCCGAUAGAGAUAAGAUCAAGAAACAGUCACAGUUGAUCGUCGACUCGAAAACCAAGCGAAGAACCACCAAGAAAAAGAAGAAGGCUGCAAAAUAAGCGUGCAUUUUCAUGACAUUUGUGACAUUUUGAAAUUUAAUUCAAGGGUUAUGAUUGAAACUGUUGUGUGUUUUUCAUAAAGUAAUCAGUUUUUAUAGAAAAGAAACAUGUUGAAGUGUUUUUUAUUUCCAAGUUCAAAAAACAACUGACGGUCUGGACCUUUUAUAUCUGGCAUCAAUGACAAAAAAUCGCCAAUAGUGACUGUGUUAAACAAAUAUGAUUUGCAUAUUGUAAAAACACAACCGUUGCUUUAUUGCAUACAAUAGCUUCAGUCGCAACCUUCUUAAUAUGUGUGUUGACACUAAGGAAGUGUGUUGUGAACAAAAUGAAUGAAAACAAAAUUAUGUUAAUAAUUGUGGCAUUUAUGACUUUAUAUAAUUGUCUUGUUAUUUGUCCAGGUCUAUUGAACCUCUUUGGAUAAAAUUAUGUUGGUACACUUGAGUAUAAAGAGAAAAAUCUCUCUUGAUGUUGACAUAUGAGCUUAAAUUUGAUCAAAGUAGCAAUUUGAUCAUUGUUGUCGUUUCAUUUAUUUAAAUUUGAUUUUAAUUUAAAUGAUUUGGUGUAUAUGACAUAAUUUUAUUUGAUAUUUCAAAGUUCAGGACUAUAAUCUCAAGAUUUUUGCAUAAAUUAAGGGGGGGGGGAGUAUUUUUUGCAAUUCAUUUUUUUUAGAUUUUCAAAACAAAUGUGAAACCAAUCUUAUGUCAAGUCCAGUUUGGUAUGGCUGAUAAAACCAAGUUGAGGAAAUGUUGUGUUGGUGUUGAAGAGCUUUAAAUUCAAUGCUCGUCUAAUCUGGUGGAAGAAGGAAAUAAAUGUGUUACCUGGUUCAUUCAUGCUGAUAACUAGUAAUACUAUAACGAUACAAGAAAGAUGAAAAACUGAUAGAGUACAGGUUAAAAAAGAUAACUUUAUCUUAUUGAGACCUAAUGUGUUUCAUGGUUUUAUGUUUCUACAUUGGAAAACAUCAAUAAACUUGAAAAUAGAAAUUAUCUUACAUGCAAAUACUUGCAGUGUUUAUAGUCUUAUGCAAAAAAGGUUCCAUGUUGUGCUGUUUACUUUAUUUAUAUAUAAUAUUCUAGUAUUUACCAUGAUAUGUGAUACAAAAAAUGUAAAUUAUUUAAUAAAACAACUAAACCACUAA